AUUCUCAGUCAAACUGGGUGUGGUCAUGAUAACAACUUUAGGGGGAGGGGCUCAUCUGCAAGGAGUAGAGUAACAACAUCUACGUAGCGCAGCGCAAUCACAACAAUCAAGAUGAGGAGUCUCAGUUACUUGGUCUUGUCUAUUCUUAUUCAAUGUUUAUAUUCCCAGGUUGAAAUCUGCUCGUUGACUCAACCAGACCUAUCGGCUGUCAAUGAACCUCAAGCUGGAGCAAUAACAUCUGAUGAUCGGACACAGUACAUCUUCCCCAACACUCGAUUUGAGGGUUGCAAUGGCAACAUAACACGAGUGAAUUUUGUUGCUUCGGAUUUUGAUACCACUGAGCCUGUUAGUCCUGAAAUACAAUUAUGGGAGAAUAUUGGUGGAACAACUUAUCGGCUUGUGAGUGGAAGCACCAUUGCAAUAAAUGUCCCACUGCUGAAUGGCUCUCCUGAGAGAAAGUACUACAGUUACGAUGUCAGUCCUGGAGUGAGCUUUCAAUCUGGCUAUGUUCUUGGUGUUUUCUCUCCUAGGUCACAGAACAGUCAGCUCAAUAUGAACUUUCAAACAAUAUCAGGAUAUCUGAGCUACAGUGUACGAGCAGAUAGUGGACCACAAGACCUAGCAGAAUUAGAUCUAGUCAACGGUAUCACCACAAAUAAUAACGCUCCUUUGAUUAAUAUGGAAAUCAGUACCGAUGGUGAUACAACUGAUUGUACUGUUGGAUUUUUGACAGAAGAUCAACUGCUGAUAGCUUCAACAGUUUCCUUGGAUUCCUUACAGCUGAGAAUAUUACCUGAGGUCAUUUUCCCUUGCGCCGGUGAAAUCAAAAAUUGGACCAUAGCAGCUACCUUAAAUACUGGAGGAGGCAGAAACGAAUAUCCUGGGCUUCAAAUCUGGAGACCUAAUUCUGAUCCACCAACUAGCUACAACAGGAUGGAUGAAGUUACUCUACCUCCUCCACUUACAACGGAUGUUAAUUUACAUAGUGGGGUGCUUGAUUCACCUCUGCAAUUCAGUGCUGGUGAUGUACCUGGAUUAUACCUACCCCAGUUCAGCGGACGUGGCGCUUCUGGAGUGGUCGGUUUGUUCUUUAUAAACGGAUAUGAACUUCUUAACUAUGUAGUGAGUCCAGUAACCAUACCCUUACCAGCUGCAAUCACUGUGCCACCGCCUUCAAUGGAUGUUGCUCUACCUUUGAUAUCUCUUGGAAUAGACUUUUUUCCGAUGACAAACAUUGUCACAAGUGUGCCACAAACAACAAGCAUCCCGCUAAUUCUCUCAACUGAAGUUCCUACUUCCACGUUGGUUGCCAAUCCAUCGACAUCUUUGAGAGUGUCUACUACGAUAACAUUAGAUAAGAGUACACCAGUAUUAUUGUCGUCAACGAGCCCAUCUGCCUCCAUCGAAAUAUCCUCUACUCUAGAUGCUUCUAUGACUGGUUCAGUAACAAGCAGCUUAGAGAAUGUUUUCGUCACACCCUCUGAAAUGUUACCAACAAUGACCAUGCAGCCAAGCUUGUCUCCAACUUCAAGCAGUGAGAAUGACAUAACAUCUAGCAUCUCUGUGCAGUUGACUACAUCUUCUAAUGGGGCUAGCAUAACAGCCUUGAAUAGUGAGACUAGUACCGUCUUUUCCACUACAUCUCCGUUAGCAACCUUAAACCCAUUGUCAUCAUCAUUACCCCUAAGUACAGCACCUUCGACUACUGAAACUAUAACCAUUUCUUCCGCUCUAUUGAGCUCUAGCCAGUCUAUGGAAACUACAUCUCCGUUGACAACCUCAAACAUAUUACUCCCUAGCGCAACUUCUCCGGUAUUUCGAACAAUGCAGCUAACAUCUAGCAUGGACGUUUCGGUCAGUGAAUCUACUUCCAGCUAUAUGUCAACCAGCUCUCUGACACUGACAUCAACUCCCACUCCAUCUCCCAUUGCCUCCAUUGUCAGCAGCAGUAUAGAUGAUUCUAACACUGCAAUACCUUCACUUGAAAUGGUAACUCUUCUCCCAACUUCUUCAAUGCUGCUCACAAAUAUAAUGGGCACAGUCCUAUCUACAGUCGAAUCAGGUGUAAAAUCGACACCCAAUCCACCUCCCUCUGCACUCAUUGUCAGCAGUGAAAUCAGUGUUGAAAUAACUUCUUCUGAAUUAUUGAUGCUUCUACCAACUUCUUCAAUCCUUCUCGCAAAUCCAUCUGUACCCAUGGGUACCGUCACAUCUACAAUUGGAUUAGGCAUUGGUAUAGCCGUUGGCGCAAUUGUCGUACUAAUUGUUAUAGUGGUACUAACAGUCGUACUACUCAAACGACAAAGACGUAGGUAUAAGUUUCCAAAUGUGCAUAGCAACGGUGUCCAGAACCCUGUAUAUAGCUCAAUAGAAAUGACUCUCACAAACAGAGGAUGUAAUUCUACUGAUCACAAUGAGCCACCGGUUUAUUCUGAUCUAGAAGAGAGGUACCAAGAUCUCGAUAACAGCGAGUUAGAGAGAAACUUUCCUAAUCCACUGUACUCGGAGCAUAAAUUGGACCUUGAAGAUUCUUAUUUUGACAACAGUAUUUACUCUGUGCCUACUCGAUCGCAAACUACUCCAAGUGCUCGAGGUAUCUACGUUCCAACACAAAAUCAGAGAAAAGAGCCGGUCACAUCUAAAGCGGAUCUAUCUUCUGUGUAUGACACACUGUAUUCAGUACAUCAAGAAGAGGGAGAGGACGAUGCAUCAAAUUUCUUUGAAGAGCAGCCCAUUUAUUGGACGCCCUCUUCUAAUGCAAACGUGCUUUACGAGCAGCUGGCAAUACAUAAAUAUCGCGAGAUUCCUCUGAACGAGCUACAUAUAUCUGAGUGCAUCGGUUCGGGUCAGUUUGGUGUGGUUAAGAAAGGUGUGUGGACGUCACUAGAUGGCCCAAAAGACGUUGCAGUUAAGACUCUCAACGAUGAGACUACGGAGGAAGAUAAAGUGAAGCUCUUACAAGAAGCUGCCAUUAACGGACAAUUUCAUCAUCGCUCUAUCAUUUCCCUACAUGGUGUUGUAACUAUUGGAAACGAGGCUAUGAUUAUUCUUGAGCUGAUGGAAGGUGGAAAUAUGAAGGACUAUCUUCCAACAUUGCAACAGAGGGUGGAACAAGAUGACAAAGAAGUUGCAAUGAAGUGUCUUGACUAUUCUUGUCAGAUAGCAUCAGGCAUGAGUUAUUUGUCCAACAAACAGUUUGUUCAUAGAGACCUAGCAGCUAGAAACAUUCUGAUGACAAAAAAUGGCGGACAGUGUAAGAUUUCUGACUUUGGAAUGGCGAGGGAUCUGGAAGAAAGUGACUACUAUAUAUCACAAGGGGGAUUAGUACCACUCAAGUGGACAUCACCAGAGGCCCUUCAUUACAAAAAGUAUUCCUCCGCCAGUGACGUUUGGAGUUACGGAGUCCUACUGUUUGAAAUAUGGAGUCUUGGCUGCAAGCCAUUUGAAGGAGUAACCAACAUGGAGGUGAUUCGUAAAUUAUCGAACGGCUCUAGACUCUCACCACCCCCUGGAUGUACUAGAGCCAUUUAUAAGCUCAUGAUAGGAUGCUGGCAUCCUGACUUCAAGUUGAGGCCGACAUUUGGCCAGAUACUUACGCAUUAUAGUCAACCUCUGUCAGAGCUUUUAAAGUGGGACCAGAAAGAUGUCGCAGUGGACGCCCAAGCGACAGUACUUGGUGCCCCAUUAACAGCCGGGUUUGACUUAUAUACUGACUUACAAAAUGUGUAUGAAAAUUAACUAUGACUAUAAUAUAAUUUAGGCUGUAUGAGAAUAAUUGCUAAUUAGUAAACUGAGAUAAUAAUUAUGAUUUGAACGCUGUUUGUUGUAAAAGGUAGGCAACAUUUCAAACAUUCAUUUCUGGAAGUUAUCUGUGCUGUAUAAUUUUUGUUGUCAUGGAAA